CAUAUAUCAUAUUGUAUUUCUUGACCGUCGUUUUUUUUUUUUUUUUUUUAAUUGUCUUUAUAUUUUUCCGAUUUUUUUCUAACUUUUAGUUGUCGAAAUUUUUCAAAAUGAGUUCUUUAGUUAGACUCGCCCAAGUUACGAAAAGAGUUAUUCGGCCGAUUCCAUCAAUUCAACGUCAUAUAUCAACCUCUAAAAAAAAUCAAGAAGUGUGCGUUACCAAUACAGAACUAACUGAACAUGAACCACAAAAACGAAACUGGCAAUCAUAUGGCUUUGAAAAAGAUGAUGAGACAGAAGACUUGAACGCUAUGCACGCUACUGGAUUUUUUUCAGUCACUUUAUGUAUAGUGGGUGGUAUAUUUAUGUUUGCAUAUAUGCCAGACUACAAUUAUAAGAAUUGGGCAGAAAGGGAAGCUUUUCUUGAACUGAGAAGAAGAGAAGAUCAAGGAUUACCACUCAUCGACCCUAAUUACAUACAUCCAAGUUUGAUACAAUUACCUACCGAAGAAGAAUUAGGUGAUACAGAAAUAGUGAUUUAAUAUUAUUGGUAUCAUAAUAUUAUAAAAUUACCAAUUUUCAUGUUUAGAGAAUAAUAUAAGAUAAUUUUCAAUAAAAAGAAACCAAAUAUUUCAUUGUAUAAUAAAUGUAUUUAUUUCCCAAGUCUAUGGUACAUAGACUAAUAAAUUGUUUUAUUAUUCAUUAAAA